CCCCCCUUUUUCGAGCCCUCGCUCUCCCCGCUUUCUCCUCCCUUCUCCCCCAUUUUCCCCUCGAUUUCGAGGGUUUUUCUUUUUCUUUUUUUUUUCUCUCUUUUUUUUUAGUUGUAAGCCCGAACCCUCGCCCUUCGAUUCGAUCGGAUUCGAGCCGUUGCCGUUCUCCGGAAGAACCCUAGGGCGAGGAACAAUGCAGCCGCAAAGGCUCAAGCAGCAGCAGGCCUUGAUGCAGCAAGCUCUCCUCCAGCAGCAGCAGCAGCAGCAGUCUCUUUAUCACCACCCGGGCCUCUUGGCUGCCCCUCAGAUAGAGCCAAUCCUAAGUGGAAAUCUGCCUCCUGGAUUUGAUCCAAGUUCAUGCCGCAGUGUGUAUGUUGGCAAUGUUCACCUUCAAGUUACUGAAGCACUUCUCCAAGAGGUUUUCCAGAGCACUGGUCCGGUUGAAGGAUGCAAGCUCAUUAGGAAAGAAAAGUCAUCCUUUGGCUUUGUUGACUACUAUGACCGCCGAUCUGCUGCACUUUCAAUUGUAACACUCAAUGGGAGGCAGCUGUUUGGGCAGCCUAUUAAAGUUAAUUGGGCAUAUGCCAGUGGGCAAAGAGAGGACACAUCAGGGCAUUAUAACAUCUUUGUUGGUGACCUUAGCCCUGAAGUCACAGAUGCAACCCUAUUUGCAUGCUUCUCCGUAUAUCCCAGCUGCUCAGAUGCUAGGGUUAUGUGGGACCAAAAGACUGGGCGCUCAAGAGGGUUUGGUUUUGUUUCUUUCCGAAAUCAACAGGAUGCACAAAGUGCCAUAAAUGAUUUAACUGGUAAGUGGCUUGGCAGUCGGCAGAUCCGUUGCAACUGGGCUACAAAGGGAGCCAAUGCUAUUGAGGACAAACAAAAUUCAGAUUCUAAGAGUGUGGUGGAGCUAACAAAUGGAUCAGGGGAUGAUGGUCAGGAGAAUAUAUUUGAGGAUGGUCCAGAGAAUAACCCACAAUACACAACUGUCUAUGUGGGCAACCUUGCUCAUGAGGUUGCACAACUUGAUCUCCACCGCCUCUUCCAUGCCCUUGGUGCUGGAGUGAUUGAAGAGGUUCGUGUACAACGGGAUAAAGGUUUUGGUUUUGUGAGAUACAGUAACCAUGCAGAAGCUGCCCUGGCUAUUCAGAUCGGGAAUGGACGAAUUCUUGCUGGAAAGCCAAUCAAGUGCUCCUGGGGCAGUAAACCCACUCCACCCGGGGCGGCCUCAAAUCCGUUGCCCCCUCCUGCAGCAGCUCCCUUUCCUGGACUCUCAGCAACCGACCUCUUGGCCUAUGAUCGUUCCCUGGCAUUGAGUAAGAUGGGUUCCAGCCAGGCACUGAUGCAUGCCCAGGGUCAGCAUGCCCUGAAGCAAGCUGCAAUGGGAAUGGGUGCUGGAGCUAGCCAGGCUAUCUAUGAUGGGGGGUUCCAGAACGUUAGUGCAGCACAACAGCUCAUGUAUUACUAGUUAUCAAGAGCGAUGGAUGCUUCCCACUAGGCUUAUGUUGCACCUGGGGCUAAUCUUGGAAGUUCUUUUCUACUGCUGCUUUCUACUUUAUUCCAUACCUUAAAAUCUUCUAUUAUGCUUUUAUAUGGUUGUGCUGUUCCCCUUGCAUGCUUGUAUGACUGUAUGGAUAUAUUUUAAUGUAGACAUAUGCGGAGUGUUCGUAGUGAUGAUAAAAAUUAAUCGGGGAACUCUUGUUUUAUUAUUUUCCUUUGCUUAUUUGGUUUUUGUUUCUUUGACCCGCAGGGGUUCAAUGUCAUUCCUCUAUAGUUUUGCUGGUAUAACAUUAUCUUUUUGUAAAAGAGUUGUGCUAA